UUGAAAAAGACAAAGAUGACAUUGACUCAGUCGCCCAGUUCCCUAUUCUGGUGUUCCCCUCUUGCCAUGAUCAAUCUUUGUCCAAAGUCAACGCCAUAAUCUCCAAGCUCAAUUCUUUACCCUUAAUCCAGACCACAGAUCCCAAAUCGCCUUCCGGUCUCACUCUUCUCCCCCAAUUCUCAAAUGGGUCGGAAGCAAAACGACCCAGAAGCCACCCAUUACUUCUCUUUCGUCCUCCUCUUGGUGGUUUUGGUUUCCUGUGCUCUGGUCUACACAUUCGUCUCUGCGGUGCUUAAACCCAAUGAUGCCUCUUCAUUCUCGGACGGAUCCUCGGAGCUCGAGUCGUUGACGUUGGUUGAGAAGGGCGGCGGCGUUGGGGUGGAGGGGGAGAGUGGCGCCGGGUGUUGCAGAGGGACUGAGAAUUUGGAACUGUGGGGGGCUGCUGUGAAGUGGGGUUCUGAGUUUAAGUUCAGUUCUUCUGAGGAAUGCUGCAAGGCGUGUAAAUCCAUGUGUACUGGGACUGAUGGGCCUUGCUUGUGUGAUUCUUGGGUGUUUUGUGGGAACAAGGAGGCUUGCGGCUCCAAAUUUGGUGAGUGCUGGUUGAAGAAACAGAAAGAUACAUUGGCACCGGAGCGCCAGGAAGUAGGGGAAACAGUUAUGUGGACUUCUGGACUCAUCUUUGGGAAAGGAGAGGGCAUUGUUGGCUUGGAAACAGAAUAUGGAACUCUUCAUAUAAAACUUUUCCCUGAAUGUGCCCCUCAUUCUGUAGCCUACAUUCUUGAGUUGUUGGCAUUGCGCCAUUGUGCAGGCUGCCAGUUUUAUCGUGCAGAGAGCCGAGGGCAAUCAUGGGAUUCAGAUGGAAACCACAUAAAAAAUACUCCUUUUGGCCCUCCAUUUGCACUGGUUCAAGGAACACUAGAAGCUCAAGGAGGCACAUUUAAGAAGAUUCCGACUGAAGUUUGCCCGACCAUUAGAAAGGGUUCUGUAGCAUGGAUUGGUUCUGGCCCAGAAUUUUUUAUAAGCCUAGCAAAUCACGAAGAGUGGAAAAAAGACUACACUGUCUUUGCUUCUGUUCUUCCAGAAGACAUGAGCAUCGCCGAGAAAAUUGCUCAACUUCCGACCACUCCAGAGGUUUGGAACAGUAUCAACGUGACUGUCUUGGAAAAGCCCGUUCCCUUGCUUCUGCAAAGAAUCAAGAUGAGUCACGGAGAUCUCACUGCAAACAUGAAAUCAAAUUAAAAGAAUCUAUACAAUACCGGUGUUUAUACACGAUGAAAUCCGUCCCUUCCGACGCUGUUUUCUCUUAUUAUUCUGAGUUAAACUUUAUACAUAUAUGAGAUAUAAUACCUAGAUCGUUUGAUCAUGGAAAUGUUGAGUGGCAGGUUUUGCUUAUGUUGCUGUU